AUUGCGCGAUAAAACGACACAGUGACGCGCUAUAACGAUUCUUGCCAAACAUCGGAAUCUUGAGCUCGAUUUUUUUCCUCUUUUUUUUCAACGCAGCUCUUUCCGUGCGGAUAUACUCUGUCAAGGCAUGGUCGGCGUGCACCGCAACACGGACACAGGGAUGGAGUUUGGGGUGGGCGAUGUUGCCCAAAUCUCAGGGGAACUUGCACGGGUGGUGGAAGUAAUGAUGUCACCAGAUAUACCGCAUCAGCAGCGUUUGGAUGUGUAUAAUGCUUGUGAAAGGUUUAAAGAGACUUCGCCAUUGUGCGCGCAAUGCGGCCUUUAUUUGGCACAAAAAUCACCUGAAAGAAGUUCCAUAGUGAGACACUUUGGUUUACAAUUAAUGGAGCAUUGUAUCAAAUAUCGGUGGACUCAAAUAUCGCAAACAGAAAAAAUCUUUAUAAAGGAAAACGCAAUGAAAUUAUUGCAAGAAGGAACAGACCCUCGUUCUCAGGACGAAACUCAUAUCAAAGACGCGCUGUCACGAGUCGUUGUUGAGAUGAUAAAACGUGAGUGGCCUCAGCAAUGGCCAACUCUGCUCGCCGAAUUGAGUCAAGCUUGCACCCAUGGAGAGAGUCAAACUGAAGUCGUUCUCCUUGUUUUCCUGCGCCUCGUUGAAGACGUAGCACUUUUACAGACCCUUGAGUCAAAUCAAAGACGAAAGGACAUUUAUCAAGCUCUCACCACUAAUAUGGCUGAAAUUUUUGCCUUUUUCCUUCGGCUCAUGGAACAACACUUUUCUGAAUUUCAAAAACAAAGUGCUCUGGGUAAUACCACCGAAGCUGGUGCUCACAGCAAAGUUGUUCAGGUGGUUUUGUUGACACUGACGGGAUUCGUGGAAUGGGUAUCGAUAAACCACAUAAUGGCGGAAGAAGGACGUUUGCCACGAAUAUUGUGUUUGUUAUUGGGCGAUCCAACGUUCCAGUGCGCGGCUGCAGAGUGCCUUUUACAAGUGGUAAACCGAAAAGGAAAAGCAGAAGAUAGGAAACAACUGAUGAUUCUAUUCACGGAGGAAGCAUUGCGAUACAUAUAUUCGUCAGCGAUAGCAUCACCGGGCACCCACGUCGCAUCGCAUGAGAAUCAUUAUUUAUUUCUGAAAAAAUUGACACAAGUACUGACGGGAAUGGCAACACAAUUGUGCACUCUUUGGGGUAAAGAAGACUCAUCGAGCAUACGUCCAAACAAUUUCAACAUAUUCCUUGACGCUGUAUUGAGUUUUACGAUGCAUUCCAGCUUAACGUUGACUCAUUUGGCAAAUUCAAUUUGGAUAAUGUUGUUCAAACACGAACAAAUAAAGACUGACUCGUUAAUUCUCACUUACAUACCAAAGUACAUCGAGAGCACGGCGCCAAAACUUAUGAAAAUAGCUUAUCCGAAUGGACGUAACGCAAAUGGCAUAACAGCUUAUUGCUUGACGGAUUAUGAUUCCGAAGAAGAAUUUGCCGUAUUUCGCCAUCGUCUCAGGAUGGAUUUACUCGAAGGUUUCCGCCAUGCCACAAUGGUGUCGCCCCUCGUAACAUUCGCUUACGUGCAACAAUGGUUAACAGCGAAAAUAAGUAAAGGAAUGGCGAACGUACGUUACAAGAGUGAUCCGACCGAUCCGGAGUAUCUCGAGUGGGAAGCCCUCUCUCAAGCCUUGGAUUCUGUGACAUCGCGUAUUCUUCUCGUAAACGAAAGGCCCAGUGUUCAAAACGGUCUUCAAUUGCUCGAAUUGUGUCUCGGCUAUUCGCCCCAAGAUCCAUGGCUCUUAUCUACCCUGUUAUCUUGCGUCAGCGCUCUCUUCGUAUUUCUUUCGAUGUCAACAGGCUCCAUGACCAUGCCGGGAGUUGCAAUAUUGCCUCGAGUUUUGGAAAAAAUAUUUGCCGCUCUCGUUUUUCAAGCGCCUGGCGAAACGAAAAAUACCCGUUCCAGAGCGACUAAAAAUGUUCGACGACACGCCGCCAGUUUGAUGGUGAAAAUUGGCCUCAAAUAUCCUCUUCUCUUGUUGCCUGUAUUCGAUCAAAUUCACACUACCGUUAGAGGAUUAAUUCGGGAACCGAGCCAACUCUCCAGAAUGGAGAGUGUCAUUCUUUACGAAGCACUUUUACUUAUAUCCAAUCAUUUUUGUGAUUACGAGAGACAAACGUGUUUCGUUGCUGAAGUUAUUGGCGAAGGCUCCGCUCAAUUCAUGGCUCUGGGACUCGAGGCUUUCAAAGGGCCCAUUGAAUUCAUGCGAUUUGUUGGACUGGACAGACCACCCGUGGAAUUCGGUCUCGAUGAUCCGGCUGCGAAGAAUCGUGCUGAUCUCUUGUUCUGCAUAUCCACCGUUCUGAGCGUUGUCAAGCGUUGUUCCAUACCCGAAGAUCCUGACAGAGCUGCCAGAGGUGGAUUCGUCGCCGCUCUCAGCGAAAGUGGCAAUCCUGUGUAUAGAAAUCCUAUCGCUCCCCACAUUAUACCAGUUUUACCGACUCUUUUCGCUCUGGUUCGUGCUAUGAACGCUCUUUUUACUCCAGCCGCGUUGGCUUCACUUUCCGAAGGUUUCCGGAAUGCUCAUGGCCUCCUCGAGUCGGAAAAGACAAAUUUGCUCGGUUUGGGCAUCGGUAACGGUGGCGAUAAUACUCCCGAAACUGAUCAAGUACCCAAUGCACCACUCACACGAAUGCAAUCAUUUCUUUCCAAUAUUCAAGAUCAUUGUUAUCACAUGCUUGGAAGUGGUUGUCACACUAUAGGACGAGACUUUUAUCAGCUUUCUGGUCUUGCUCCGGCUCUUCUCAAUUCAGUUUUCUCAAAUAUGGAGGUCAUUCCAGACUACAGACUACGGCCAAUAAUACGGGUUUUUCUCAAGCCCUUCAUAUACUCGUGUCCGCCUGCAUUUUACGAAAGUGUCUUAGUCCCGGUACUUACGCACGUGUCUACGCACAUGUGUCAGAGACUGAGCGCGAAAUGGCAAUACAUAACGAGACUGUACGAAUCGGGUCUCGACGAGGAAAAUACCGAUGCUCAGGAGGUCAUCGACGACAUGCUCAACAGAAAUUUAACGAGAGAUUUCGUGGACGUUUUAAAAGUUACGAUUGUCGGUGGUGCAGCGUGCGAUGCUUCGCCACCGGAUUCUAUGGAUCACGACAGUGGAGGUAUGGCUGUUGAUCCACCAGCGUCUCGAGGAAAUAGUAUCGUCGCCGAGGUUGUCAGUGAAUUGGGGGCCUUUGUACUUCGUCAUCCCUCGACGUGUCACAGCGUUGUUCUCUGUGUACUCGGCGCCCUUUCAUGGAACGAUUCGAACGCAAGCUUAAAAGCAACAAUGUUGACCGGACCAAUCGUACGUGCAUUGGCCAGUGACGGUAGCCUAACACCUGCCAUGGCAGCUCACAUAAUGGUCGCCGUACUGCAAGGUCUCCAACUUCACGGACAACACGAGGCUAAUCAAGGUUCUCUCGUGACUCUCGGGGCACAGGUCUACGAAUGUUUACGCCCAAAGUUUCCAAACAUCAUUGAAGUGAUGCAACAAAUACCGGGUGUGAAUCCCGCCGAUUUGCAACGCUUCGAUGAGAAAAUGUCGGUGACCAAUACUAAGGGAAAUAAAGUUGAAAAGGGGAAAAAAGAAUUAUUCAAAAAAAUCACGAAUCAGUUGAUAGGGCGAAGCGUCGGUCAGCUGUUUCGCAAAGAAAUAAAAAUCGAUAACUUGCCAAGAUUGAAAGUGACCGGUAAACCUCAGACGAUAAGAGUCGACGACAUCUCGAAGAACUCAGCAGAUACAGGAUUGACAGCUCUUUUUGCUGGGCCCACGUAGCAGAGAGCGUUAGACAACCGUGCUUUGCUCGGUUGGUCUAGUUCGAUAAGUAAUUAUAAUUUGUCAUGAAGAAAUAUCGCUUCAACAUGUUUGAGAACGCGAAGGAAGGGAAAGAGAAAAGUAAGGGAUCAAAAGUCAGGAACGAAGCGAUUUUCAAAAGAUCCUUUCCGUUUGUUGGAAAGAAAAUGUUUAUGAAAACCGAAAUAAACUUGUCGAUAUUGAGAUCGGACGGCUUCUGUGAAAAAUCGCAAUAUAAGAACGGCCACUAGCUGAUAAUUUCAAAUUUCUCAUUGUGAAUUCGAAUAGUAAGAUCAAAGAUUUUGCACACACAUCGUCGACUGGACUCUUUUGAAAAUAUUUGCUGCGAAAAUCGCAUAUUUCCAAGUCACCAUUGUAAACUAGUUGAUUCGUUUGUUUCUUCAUUUUUUCCUUUUAUUUAUUUUAGUUACGAUACCGUGAAGGAAGAAAGCGACUAUAGAGUGUUGCAUUGCUGGCCGAUUUGCACCGUUAACAGCAUUUUUCCGUAAGCUGUCGAGAUGAUUUUUUAAUUUGUUUUUUUCGGUUGUUAUCUCGGGGAGCAUGAGAAUAAGAUCUCUUUGCAUUGCUUUGCUCGAAAAUGAUUAUUCACCAAACUUCGGAAUAGUGACAAUUAAGUCGAUUCAAUAUUCUGCAAUUUGGCAAUAAUCGUUGCGACAAUUCCAGGGCCGAAAAGCAGUCAAGUGUUUUCAAAAUUAGUGGUUCGAAUAGCGAUUUCGACUUCACGAAAAUCGCCUUCAGUAUCGAUGAAAGGAACCGAAACCCCAAAGAUCCAUGUUUUUCUCGAAAAAUUUUGAUACAGUCUCCAAACGAUAAGUUACGACCACAAAUGGAAAAAAAUGAAACAUAUUAAAAACUUUGUUUUUUUUUCGUAUGAUAACUUUAAUGGAAGGUUAAAUUUUUGUAUGAAAAUUUGUACGAAUUAAUGUUCCAUGUUAGUGUGAAUGGCACGCGAAGCAGCUGUUAAAAUUUUAAUUAAAUUAAACAGUGUCUUCAAUAAUCCGUAGAUUUCGUAUGAAUAUUUCGUUCUUUGCGCACAGAUCGUUUGACACGAUCGUGUGAAAAGGCAUUAUUGUUUGGUUGUUUCCAUUACGAAAUAAUUUGUACAAUUUUAUUAUUAACGUCGCCACGACGCUGGAUUCUCAACGAAAAAUAUUGCGAAUAGCCGAAAUCGUGUUCAACAUUUAUUCUUGAAAAAAGCGAUCACGUUUUUUUCAACCUUGUUUCGUCUCCUUUUUCGCCGUUAUCAUUCCUCGAUUAUAAAUUUAUUGAAGCAUUUACGUACUUCGUUCUACAGGAUUUGCAUUUUUUUUUGCGUUUUCGCCAGUCAAUUGUUGGGAAUGAAGAAAAUUUCAAACUUUUGAGUGAUUAUUCCAACGUUAUUGGAUUUCGUCCUGUAGUAGAGGAGAAAUAGAUGUGAAAAAAUGUGAAAAAAAAAACAGCAAUGAAUUGGAUAUAGAAAUUGAAAAAAAGUACUACGUCGUAAAUUGCGAAUAUGCACGAUUUGAAUGGAAAAAAUAUGGAAUAAGUUUUUUUUAUUUAUUUUAGUACAAUCUUUAGAUCAGCAGUUAUUAUUUUUUGUAGAAAAAAUCUUGAGAAAUUAAUAUUAAAAAAAAACAUAGAAAAUUUUCCAGGAGAAUAGUAAUUUUAUUAGAAAAUUGUUUUCCAUUCUUGUCAUUCUUAGGAGAGAAGUUGAUAACGUCGUCGAAAGAUUUUCAUGCCGAAAGUCUUUCAAAUACAUUUCAAUUUUUACCAAUAUUUUUUCUUUUCCCAUUUAAGUUUUUCAAAUUGUAUACGACACAAAAUUUAAACUCGAGUUGUCGGACUCGAACGAAUGACUGUUGAAUCGAGAAGAUGGAAUUUGCAGAGGAAAUUUGAAAAAUAUCAAAUUCGCAUGAAAUCUACGAAUAUAUUUUUUCUUUCUUCUUUUUUUUUCUCUUUUACAAGAACAUUGUUUUUUCGUUCCAUAAAGCUGCCAGUUCUACACGUCGUUGUAUACCAUCGGCUUGAUAACGAUGCUAAUCUUGUAUAUAUUGUAUUGUAAUAAAGAAAUGCAUUGACAAUAA